CUCAGGAUUUAUUCAUGUAUUUUACCACAUAAUACUUCAUUCGUGUGGGCAAUCGCUCAUUGAGCUUUUACAUACUAUUUCAACAACUCUUUAUCCUGAUCAUCCACUCUAACAUUGGGGUUCCUUUGGCAUCACAAUGCCUUCUAAAUCCCUCACUCAUAGAGAUUAUAGCGUGGGAUGGAUCUGUGCGCUACCAAAAGAGCGAGCAGCGGCCCAUGCCAUGCUCGACCAAGAACAUGAGCUUCUUUCACAACCUGCCCAUGAUCACAACACAUAUACCCUAGGCUCCAUCGGCAACCACAAUAUUGUUAUAGCAUGCCUUCCCAAUGGCGAAAUUGGGAACAAUGCAGCAGCAAACAUUGUGACCCAAAUGAUCAACACGUUCCCAUCUAUCAAAUUUGGCCUCAUGGUCGGGAUUGGUGGUGGGAUUCCCGGUCGGGUCAGGCUUGGUGAUAUCGUUGUUAGCAGGCCAAGCGGACCAUUCCCUGGAGUUGUCCAGUGGGAUCUCGGAAAGGCAGAAAAGCUUGGAUUCAAGAGAACUGGGGCCUUGGACCGUCCUCCGAGAAUCUUACUCACAGCCCUAGCUAAGCUGGAAGCCUUUCACGAUAUGCAUGACUCUCAGAUUCCCAAGUAUCUGAAAGACAUGGCAAACAAAUAUCCCAAGCUGGUGGGAAAAUAUACGUGGUCUCCUCGACUCAAAGAUCCAAUGCUUGAACCAGACAUCAGCGAGGCCAAUGCCAGUCUGUGGGGAAGCGUAUUUAUCAUGAUCUUUCAACUACUUCUCGCACUGUAUAGACUCUUAUCUGGUCUCCAAGGGCCUGUCGAAAAAAUUAUGCCCUCAAUGUCCGAUGAGAAAAGUAUUUACGAAGAGCCUAGAGGUAUAGAUAUCCACUACGGCUUGAUCGCAUCUGGAAAUCAGGUUGUCAAAGAUGGAACCAUCCGAGAUCGAAUCAACCAGAGUCUUGGAGGGGAAGUUUUAUGUAUUGAGAUGGAAGCAGCAGGGUUAAUGAAUAACUUUCCAUGCAUUAUUAUAAGAGGAAUCUGCGAUUAUGCAGAUGAGAAAAAGAACAAAGACUGGCAAGAAUAUGCUGCAGCUUUAGCAGCGGGAUUCACAAAGGAGCUUUUACAACAUGUACGCUCAGCGGACGUUGACAGCGAACGCCCUGUAAAGGAUAUCUUGCAGAAAGGUUAGCUACUUUUCAGUUUUAAUUGGGUGGAGAGUUUUUGGUCUGAUAAUAGAUUCACACAGUUGAAGAGGGUGUACUUCAUAUCGAGCAACUUAUGGAUAAAAGUGAAGUGAGAAUGAUCGUUGAUUGGCUCACUACGGCA